CAUCACGACAGCUGUCGUCAUCAGGAAGCAUCCAGACCGCUUUACGACACUGUUGACAGCUGCGACAGUUUGUUGUCGCUGUAAACUCACGUGUUUCGACAGUUUUUGUUGAAAGUUAUGAAUUAAUUCGCAGCGUGAAGUUGUCGUUGGGUCACAAAUGAGUGUGUUUGAUUUGUUUCGCGGGUUCUUCUCGGUGCCCGGAGGACACUACCGCGGCCGGAGGGACCCCUUCUUCGAUGCCAUGACUCAUGAUGAUGAUGAUGAUGAAGAGGAGGAGGAUGGCUUCUACUAUGAGGGGCCCCGGGGGGAGCAGCAGGAUCCCUUCGACAGCGCCUGGAGGUUCGGCUUCAGCUUGGGUCCGGACGGGAUGAAGAUCCAGGAGCCUCCGCUGUUCGGCCACGUCCUCAGGGAGAUGGAGGAGAUAUUUUCCCAGAUGGGACACUGGGACACAGCACCGGAGUCUGGACACUUUGGCGUUCCCAGCAUCAUGCCGCCGCCGCCGCCAUCUGAGGACAGAGUAGAGAAAGGAGGAGGGGGAUCCAGCGGGAACCCCCUGAGAGACUUCAUGUUGAAGACCCCUGACCGAGACACACGAGGGCCCCAACCAGGACCGUCCAUUGAACCCAGACAUGAUGGUCGCCCUUUUUCCAAGUUCCACGACAUUUGGAGACAAGGGCCUGAGAAAACCCCAGCGGAGGAGCACAAAGAAGACAGAGAUCUGGACUCUGCCGUGUCCGCCAGGGGCCUGGACCAGAUUCUGACGCCACCUGCUGGUCAGACACCGAGUCAGCCCAGAAUCCAGUCGUUCUUCCAGUCGGUCUCCAUCACCAAGGUGGUGAAACCUGACGGGACUGUAGAGGAGAGGCGAACAGUCAGAGAUGGAAAAGGCAAUGAAGAAACCACAGUGACCCGCUCAGGAGGCCCUGGAGUCCUGGAGGCACCAGACGAUCGACCUGCACCCGUUCCACCUGGUGGUCGCCGGCCCUUCUCAGACUUGCGGGAUGAUGACUCCUUAUUCUCCAAGUUCUUCGGAGGGUUUAAAUAACAUGUUGGAUAGAUCUCUUCAAUGAUCGACAGUUGCCAAAUUUGCUUUUGGAUCACUGGCUUGAUGAUGACACCGGGUUUCCAUCCGACCACGUAGCCACGCAUCGGGGACUGAACAAUUCACAAUUACAUAUUUUAUUUUUGUAUGGUCCCGAAGACAGACCUGUGUGUAUGUAUGUAUAUGAGUGUGUGAUGAAUCAAAUAAAGGGUC